UCCGCGCGGCGGCCAUUUUGUCUUAUCGGCUCCUGUUUAGCGGAGGCUUUUAGGCCGGGAGCGGGCCGGAGAGCUUGGCGACUGUGUCGCCGGCGUUUUCUUUGGUGGGUGCCAGGGCUGGUGGGAGCAGUCGCCCGAGGAAAGCACCAUGAUUUCGGCCGCGCAAUUGUUGGAUGAGUUAAUGGGCCGGGACCGAAACCUCGCCCCGGAUGAGAAGCGCAGCAACGUGCGGUGGGACCACGAGAGCGUUUGUAAAUAUUAUCUCUGUGGUUUUUGUCCUGCGGAAUUGUUCACAAACACUCGUUCUGAUCUUGGGCCUUGUGAAAAAAUUCAUGAUGAAAAUCUGCGAAAACAGUAUGAGAAGAGUUCUCGCUUUAUGAAAGUUGGCUAUGAGAGAGAUUUUCUGCGAUACUUACAGAGCUUACUUGCAGAAGUAGAACGUAGAAUUAGACGAGGCCAUGCUCGUUUGGCAUUAUCUCAAAACCAGCAGUCAUCUGGGGCAGCUGGUCCAACAGGCAAAAAUGAAGAAAAAAUUCAGGUUCUAACAGAUAAAAUCGAUGUACUCCUGCAGCAGAUUGAAGAAUUAGGAUCUGAAGGAAAAGUAGAAGAAGCCCAGGGAAUGAUGAAAUUAGUUGAACAGUUAAAAGAAGAGAGAGAAUUGCUUAGGUCCACAACGUCGACAAUUGAAAGUUUUGCUGCCCAAGAAAAACAAAUGGAAGUUUGUGAAGUGUGUGGAGCCUUUUUGAUAGUGGGAGAUGCCCAGUCCCGGGUAGAUGACCAUUUGAUGGGAAAACAGCACAUGGGCUAUGCCAAAAUUAAAGCUACUGUAGAAGAAUUAAAAGAAAAAUUAAGAAAAAGAACUGAAGAACCUGAUCGUGAUGAGCGUUUAAAAAAGGAGAAACAAGAACGAGAAGAAAGAGAAAAAGAAAGGGAGAGAGAAAGGGAAGAAAGAGAGAGGAAAAGACGAAGAGAAGAGGAAGAAAGAGAAAAAGAAAGGGCUCGAGACAGAGAAAGAAGAAAGAGGAGUCGAUCAAGGAGUCGUCACUCAAGCCGAACUUCUGACCGAAGAUGCAGCAGGUCUCGGGACCAUAAAAGAUCACGAAGUAGAGAAAGAAGGCGAAGCAGAAGCAGAGAUCGACGAAGAAGCAGAAGCCAUGAUAGAUCAGAACGAAAGCAUAGAUCUCGUAGUCGGGAUCGAAGAAGAUCAAAGAGCCGAGAUCGAAAGUCAUAUAAGCACAGGAGCAAAAGUCGGGACAGAGAACAAGAUAGAAAAUCCAAGGAGAAAGAAAAGAGGGGAUCUGAUGAUAAAAAAAGUAGUGUGAAGUCCAGUAGUCGAGAAAAACAGAGUGAAGACACAAACACUGAAUCAAAGGAAGGUGAUACUAAGAAUGAGGUCAAUGGGACCAGUGAAGACAUUAAAUCUGAAGUGCAGCGUAAGUAUGCACAGAUGAAGAUGGAACUAAGCCGAGUAAGAAGACAUACAAAAGCAUCUUCUGAAGGAAAAGACAGUGUAGUCCUGCAAAACAUUUUGAGGUACAUUGUUUUGUCUCAGCUAUUUUGUAGCAGACUCGUGCCCCCCAUUAGUGUGCCUCUUUGGAAAUUAUAACCCAACGUUUGUAAUAUAGUCGCCAUUGAAAAGUUAAUUAUCCUUUUUUUAGGGAUUUUGCUGUCAUUUCUUGUUUUUUUUUUUUGUUUUUCUUUUUUUUUUAAUAAAAAGGUUGAACUGUUUUUUUUUUUCUUUUUGGUAUUAAGUCCAUCUUGUGUUGGUACAUUGGCAGAGACAUAUGCUUUAAGAACUUAAAUAUUUCUGAGGCACAUGUUGGACUACUUUGUUUUAAUUAAACUGCUGGUAUUUCUUUGUCAAGGAUGUUCUAGUUUUUUGCUUUAUUGCCUUGCAUUCUAAUGCAGUUUGUUCUGUAACUCGAGAGCCCGUAGCAUUGGAUUGAUGGAAGUGUAGGGUUUAUGAAUUAUUGCAGCUGACUACCAUACCUCACACAGCGUUGGUGUUGUGAGCGGCCCAUGAAAAGCCAAAUUAAAAAUCAAGGAUUCAGUCAAACUAAGCAGGUACUCAUGCCAGGUACUCCUUUCUCUACCCACAUCCAUGUUUGAAUGCUGUUGCCUGUGAUCUUUACGCUUAACUGUUGUGUAUCUUUUUUUGUUCUUUACAAGAAGCACAGAGGGGUUUUUUGUGUAUUGCGUGAAAACUUACAAUGAAAUGUUAACAGAAUGGAAUUCUUUUUCAACUGUGUGUAGGGAUGCAGUGGUGCCCAGAAUUAGAUAUCUUUAAAGAAUUUUAAAUACAAUAAACACUUCAUAUUAUUCGCCUUGUUACAUUCAAUGCAAUUCUCAAGUCUUUAAGAGGUAUGUGUUUAAUAUUUCCUACUGUGUAGGAGAAUUUGCAGUCAGCCAUAGGUAUAAUAGGAGUAAGCACUGGCUGAUACAUUUAAAGCAGCAGUGAAUAGCAAGGACAGCCACCUUCAAACUGAAAUACAAAGAACUGAUGAACCAUAUAGAAUGAAUUUGGGUUUUUAAAGAACUAUUAAAAGGCUUUACAAGAGUUCUUAAAACCUGUAAACUGUUCAUUCUUUGGGCUAGUGGCAUGGGAUUAAAUAUUCCUAAUGAAAGGAAGUACCAAUUAGUUGAUUUGUCGAUGACAUUCCUUUUCUAGGACAGCAAUAUAGUGUUAAAUUUGUGUGAGCCAUUCACACAUAGGCAGGCAUACACAGGCAUAUGGCUUUAAGAGACCACACUGAUGCCUUGAUAAUUUAAAAGAAUACAAACAUUCCAUAUACAUAUAUUAAUUAGCAGUUAAUGACUGGGCCACUUAGUCAUACAAAUUUGCCUUUUACAUGUUGUCUAAUUAUCAUUUUUCCCCAAAUUUUGCC